UCAUAAGUUAAAAGAGUCUUUAAAGAAAAGCACAUGGAAUAUAAAUAUGGCAACCACACCGCUUGUUCAUAUCUACAUAAUAUUAAACCCAAACCCUCCAAGAAAAAUCCUGAAUUCUCCAUCAUUCAUCCAAGAUCAACAAUAGCUCAGAAAACGAUGUCCUCAAACUUGUCAAUUCUAUUUCUUCUUCUUCUCCAUAGUUCAACAAUUAUAAUCACUUUGGCUUCAGACCCUGAUCCAGUUUCUGACUUCUGCAUACCAGCAACCAUUUCUGAAACCACCUGCAAAAACUCCUCCCUUGCUACAGUUGAAGACUUUGUAUUUUCGGGCAUAAAACAUCCUGGAAAGUUCACUGAAACAGGUUUAGCAUCAAUUCCUGUGAAUGUCAAAGUGUUUCCAGGGUUGAACAGUUUGGGAAUGUCAUUGGUGAGAGCUGACUUUGAGGUUGGUGGUGUCAAUGUGCCGCACCUUCAUCCUAGAGCGACUGAGGUGGCAUAUGUGCUGGAGGGGAAGAUUUACUCGGGAUUUGUGGAUACCCAGAACAAGAUCUUCGCCAAGGUGAUUGAAAGAGGUGAAGUAAUGGUGUUUCCAAGGGGUUUAGUUCACUUUCAAAUGAAUGUUGGCGACUCCAGGGCUACUAUUUUGGGAAGUUUCGACAGCCAGAAUCCUGGUUUGAUGAAAAUUCCGUCUGCGGUUUUUGGUUCAGAGAUUGAGGAGGAGCUUCUGGUGAGGGCUUUUGGAUUGAGUCCCAAGGAGAUUGCUAAGUUGAGGAAGAAGUUGGGCCCCCAUUAGUUAGAGAUAAAACCUGCAGGGUAUUUGUUUGUUUUUUCAGGUCACUGUUUGAUGUUAAAUCUUUAGACAUUCUGUAAUAACAUUGGGAUUGAAAUUUCGCCACCAUAUUUUGGUGGUUAAUACAGAAUGAUUUGUUUAGGAUAAA